AUGUACAGGUUCACUUUUCCUAAUUUGUUAUUUCUCUUCAAUCCCUUAUACAAUUAGGCACUGUAUGAGUUUUUCCCUUUUAAACCAUAUAUAAAUCCGUAAGGGAGAUAUUCUAAAUAAUUACCGAUGAAUGGUAUAAGGGUUCAGUUGAAAAGAAGAGAUCUAUCGUCUAUUGAGAAUCAUUGAGCGUCAAUGGUAUCAUAAAAAAUGUUGGCUCUCCGUCGGUCUGCAGAAUUAUUUAGAAAAAGUCUCACUUUGUCACAAUGUGAGAGAGGCGUGUCAUUGUCCGCAACCACACGAUUGAGAGAGAUAAUCGAGAAGAAGCAAGAUAAGGUCCUGACCAUUGAAGGUGUCGACUUGCCUCAAAAGAAUGAACAUAUGUUAUUGAAGAUUGAUUCUAAAGCAUGUCCCCUUUGUGCCACGGAACUUGAUGUUAAACAUACCGAUGUUCUUAUUCUAAAGCAAUUCAUACAAUCGAAUGGAGAGAUGCUACCACGAAACAUAACUAAGCUAUGUAAGGUGCAACAUAAAAGAAUGUCCAUUUUGGUGAAGAUGGCACAAGCAGCAGGCUUGUUACCAUGUGAAUCUAUAGAACGAAAAGAAGAUGGUUCUGUAAUUGGACCAAGAUGGAAAAGCUUCAACACUUAUUACGAUGAGAAUACUAUUAAAUUUAAAUAUAGACGCUAAGAAAUAUACAAUAUAAAACUGAA